UCCUACGACAAUACCUUCUCGGCUACCUCAACCUUGCACUCGCUCUCGGCCGAGGAAAAGAUGCGCAUCACAUUCGCAGUUGCAGACAUCCUGCAGCGUCAGGACUAUGUGCUGCGCCUGGCCAAGUCCAUGAUCAGAUAUGGCGCACCCUCACAUCGACUGGAGGAUGCGAUCGACCACACAGCCAGAACCCUGGAACUCAAUCUGCAGUGCGUCUACUUGCCAAACGUGAUGGUCAUCGCCUUCACGGAUUACGAGACCCAUACCUCUGAAACGCACUUGCUCAAGUGCUCGGCAGGACUCGACAUGAACAAAUUUGCCCAAGUCCAUCAAGUUCUGAAGAUGGUGACACACUCCUCCAUGCCCGUGGAGGAGGCCAUCAUGAAGCUGGAUGCAAUCAGCGCCGAAAAGGACAUGUGGCCACGAUGGGCCAACAUCCUCUCAUACGCGAUGGCGUCCUUUUGCACCGCUACCAUGUUCUUCAAAGGCAGCUGGACGGAUGCCGGUGUCUCAUUGAUGCUCGGAACCUUUGUUGGUCUGAUGAGUUGGUUGUCGGAAAAGGUGCCCAGUUACUCACAUAUUUGCGAGGUCACUAUGUCGGUGGUUGUGGCCUUUAUCGCGGAGGCCAUGCACAAUCAAGUGUGCCGAAGCUCCGUCAAGAUGGCGGGUAUCGUUAUGCUGCUGCCUGGAUACACGAUCACCUGUGCGAUUCUGGAACUCAGCUCGCGACAGAUGAUUUCAGGAUCCGUUCGUUUAUUCUACGCGAUUGUCUUCUCACUACUGCUGGGAUACGGUUUGACCAUCGGCGCCUCGCUCUGGAAUCUGAUUGACCCGUCCAGUCUUCCAGCGGCCGUAACAGGAGUCUGCCCAGAGACACUCGAUGCCAAAUGGAACGUCCUCUUUGUGCCGGUGUUUGCGAUUGCGCUCAACAUCUACCUGAAGGCCCAUCCCCGUCAAUGGGUCCUGGCGACAAUCCUGUCGAUCCUCGGGUAUAUGGUCUCAUAUUCGACAUCGACCUGGGCUGGGGCCCGAACCGAGGUGUCGUCAGCGUUGGCUUCUUUCUCGAUCGGAUUCUGUGGAAAUAUCUACCAGCGUGUGACCCACCAACUUACGUUUCAGGCGGUUGUGUGCGCGGUCUUCUUCUUGGUCCCGGGAAGUUUAGGUCUGAAGGGCGCAAUGGCCUUGUUCACGGACGACAUGGCAGGAGGUGUCAACUUUGCGCUGCAAAUGGUCAUUACAGCGAUUGCGAUCAGUGUCGGUCUCUUCGCUUCUGCGUUGGUUGUCUACCCCAUGGGCAAGUCUCGGUCUGCUCAAAUGACCUUUUAA